AUGCUACAAAACAUACCCCACCAAAUCGUCCAGUCCCCAGCUCGACUCGGCCUCCCCACCCCCAACUCUCCUUCCCUCCAAAACCCCAAACUCCCGACCCAAACUCCUCCUCAACCAUCCUCUCUCCUCUCUCUUCUCCCUCCUCUCCCACGCGCCCAAUCUCUCCUCCUCCAAAUGGCUUCCCUUGCCUCUCGACUCUUCCAAGUCUCCCCCAACCGCUCUCAUUGGCUCUCCUCUUUUCGCGGCUCUCUCCCCUCUUUCCUCUCCUCCUCCUCAUCUCUCUCCCUACCCGACUCUUCCAAAGAGAUUCUCUCCCAAUUCACCUCCCUCCAAACCCAACUCUUCGAAUCCGUAGCCGAACUCCAAGAGAUACUCGACCUCCAAGACGCCAAAAACAAACUCUCCCGAGAAAUAAACUCCCUCAACUCCUCCCUCCUUGAUUUCGCCACCAAGCUCAAAAACGUCGAGCACGCCCUCGACACUCUCGUCGACGACUACUCCUCCGAGUACCGUAAAUCGAGCUCCACCACAAUAGAAACCACGCUCAAGCUCUCCGAAAUACUCUCCUACGCGCACAAGAUAAGUUACACAACUUUCGCCCCUCCCGAAUUCGGGUCGGGCCAGGGCCCGCUCCGCGGGGCGCUGCCGCCUGCUCCGCAGGAGGAGCAGAUGCGCGCGUCACAGCUGUACAGUUUCGCGGGCCUCGACGUCGGGCUUCCGAAGGCGGCGGCAGACGAGGAGAGGAUAAUCGAGGCGCUGGUGGAGGAGUCGAAUAUCCCGAUUGCGAAUAUUGUGGUGCCGUCAGGGUGGAAGCCCGGGAUGCCGGUGGAGUUGCCGAGCGAUUUGCCGAUGGUGCCGCCGCCGCCAGGGUGGAAACUGGGCGACCCGAUUCCGCUGCCGCCGCUGGAGUUGGUACCUCCGGUGGGCCGAGGGGCAAUGGAGGAGGAGGUGGUGAGGCAGGCGAGGCCCGUUGGGCCGCCUGUUGGGCCCAUUGGGAGGGGGCCCGAGCCCAUACAAGUGCGGCACGUGCAGCUUGAUAUCGAGGAUGAUAGUAGCGAUUACAGUAGCGACGAGGGGAGUUCGGACAGUGAGGAUUGA